AUGUUUCAAUUAUUCGAUUUGGAUGAACAAUAUCGCCUUUAUCCACAAAUUAAACGUGAAGAGGUAGAAAAACUUUUAGAAUGGGCUUUGAUGCAACCACAUCUACCGAAAAUUACCGAACAUGAAGCGCUGUUAUUUUUCUAUGCCUGCAAUUGUAGCAUGGAAUAUGCCAAACAUGUUUUGGACCUAAACUGUACGUGUCGAACACAUUUUCAUGAGUUUUUCGGUAAUGUAGAUGUCGAGUCGCCGGAAAUUCAGCAGAUUCAUAAAGUUGUAGCUGGUGUACCCUUGCCCCAGAGAACUCCAGAAGGUUAUGCUGUAAUAAUGGUAAAGCUUUUGGAUACCGAUCCGGCUAAAUUUCAUUAUGGAAAUUCGGUGAAGUUGUACAGCAUAAGUCAGGAUAAAUGGUUUUUGGAAAAUGGUGUUAUCAAAGGUUUAAUAAUUGCCAUCGAUAUGACCGAUGCAGCGUUUGGUCAUUUGACGCGCAUUAAUCUAAUUCAUCUGAAAAAGGCAAUGUAUUUUCUACAGGAAGCCAUACCCACUCGCCUAAUGGGUUUACAUUUCCUUAAUGCCAAUUCGGUAAUCGAUAAGCUGAUGUCGCUAAUGCAACCAUUUCUCAAGAAGGAAUUACUCGAAAUGUUGCACAUACACACCAGUAUGGAGACAUUCUAUAAAUUUGUACCACGUGAAAUUUUACCCCGAGAUUUUGGUGGUCCCGGUUUGGAUAUGCGGCAAUUGAAUGAAAACUUCUUUGAGAGUUUACGUCAAUCACGUUUCGACAUCAUCGAAUACAAUGCCAAUCAUAAGGUCAAUGAAAAACUGCGUCCAGCCAAGGCAAAACAUAGCUCAGACCUAUUCGGUACUGAGGGUAAUUUUAAGAAAUUGGAUAUUGACUAA